CUAAUAUAAACAACGAUAUGAUAAACAUUCGAUAAUAAAAGAAAAGUUACUCGUAGUAGCAUUCGUUCUGAAUGCUGAUUCGAAGGAUUUUAGAAAAGGGAUUACGUGCUUGUAUUGGACCAAUUGUUUGGUCCAUUUAAGAUUUCAUUUAUAUGAAUUAUAUUUAUAAUAUAAAUUAUAAAUUAAACAUUAGUUAAUUAUAAAUUUACGAUCAUGCAGACUUUAAGAAAUACAGUACGAUCAUUCCUUUCGACAAAUAACUCUGCUGUGAUAUUUAUCCAAAGAAAAGGAUUAAAAGUGUACAAUCCACCUGUAAAAAUUGAAAAUGUCGAAUAUCCUGAGAAAAAUAAACUUAAAAUUAUGGAAAAAGUGCCGCAAUAUCCAUCAAAUUUACGUCCUUUUAAAAUGCAAAAGAAGUUAAGACUUAUGCGUGGACUAGAAACUAUACACAAUACUUUAUUACAUAAACAGUAUGGAAUUGUAGCUACAGGAGGUGGAAGAUUAAAAUAUGGUCAUUUUGAAAUGAUACGCAUGACACUUUUGCGUAAUUUUGAUUUUAAUAAUAUAUUUGCUAUCUGGCGUGUUGAUGCACCAUGGCAGCCUGUUACUAAGAAGAGCCAAGGUUCACGUAUGGGAGCUGGUAAGGGAUCAAUAGAUCAUUACGUUACUCCGAUUAAACCUGGAAGAGUAAUUAUAGAAGUUGGUGGAGAUAUACAAUAUUUUCAAGUAGAGAAAGUAUUAAAAGAUAUAGCGGCCAAAUGUCCAUUUAAAGCUAUGGCUGUUAGCCAAGAAAUAUUAGAUAAAAUGGCGAAGAAAGAAAAACAAGAAGAGGAAAAUAAUUUGAAUCCUUGGACGUGGAAAUAUAUCAUUCAGAAUAAUAUCGGUGGUUGUCAUAAUUGGAUAUCGCCAUUUGACAAAUUAUGGUACACUAAAUAUGUAUAAAUAAAUAAUAUUAAAUUUAAGUAUACUUUUUAAUUAAAUAUUACUUAUUAAUAAAUCAGUUAUAUAGAAUACGUAAUAAAUAUUAAUAAAUAAUA